GCGCGCCGGGCGGUGCGGCGUUCGGCUGAUCGCGCCUGCCGCACAAUGAAUGGCCGCUGAGCGCGGCGGGGACGGGGACGGGCACCGGCAGCGGCACCGGGAGCGGCCGGAGCCGCAGCGCAGCCCCCCCCCGGCCUCCGGCCCCCGUCGGCUGCCGCGAUGGCUCAGACGCUGCAGAUGGAGAUCCCCAACUUCGGGAACAGCAUCCUGGAGUGCCUGAACGAGCAGCGGCUGCAGGGGCUGUACUGCGACGUCUCGGUGGUGGUGAAGGGCCACGCGUUCAAGGCGCACCGGGCCGUGCUGGCCGCCAGCAGCUCCUACUUCCGGGACCUUUUCAACAGCAGCAAGAGCGCAGUGGUGGAGCUGCCGGCCGCCGUCCAGCCCCAGUCCUUCCAGCAGAUCCUCAGCUUCUGCUACACGGGGCGGCUCAGCAUGAACGUGGGCGACCAGUUCCUGCUGAUGUACACCGCCGGCUUCCUGCAGAUCCAGGAGAUCAUGGAGAAGGGGACUGAGUUCUUCCUCAAGGUCAGCUCACCCAGCUGCGACUCGCAGGGGCUGCACGGCGAGGAGGCACCCUCCUCCGAGCCCCAGAGCCCCGUGGCCCAGACCUCGGGGUGGCCCUCGGGUGCUGCCGCCCUGCCCCUGGUCUCGCGGGUGAAGACGGAGCAGGGCGAGCCCGACGGGGUGCAGUGCACCUUCGUGGUCAAGCGCCUCUGGGACGGCGGCCCCAAGGACGGCGCUGCUGGCGGCAACGGUAGCCGCAAGAUGGCCAAGUUCUCGGCGCCCGAGCCGGGACGCCAACCGCAGCCCCCCGCCCCGGCGGCAGCAGCGGCGGGACCGGCCCCGGCAGUGGCAGCGGCAGCAGCGCCGCCCGGCCCCAGCGCGGCCGACCAGACCAGCCCCGGGGGUACGUCCAGCGCCUACACGAGCGACAGCCCUGGCUCCUUCCACAAUGAGGAGGACGAGGAGGAGGACGGGGGCGAGGAAGGCUCUGACGAGCAGUACCGCCAGAUCUGCAACAUGUACACCAUGUACAGCAUGAUGAAUGUAGGGCAGGCAGCCGCAGAGAAGGUGGAGGCGCUGCCGGACCAGGCCACCUCGGAGUCACGCAACCGGGUGCGGGUGCGGCAGGACCUGGCCUCGCUGCCGGCCGAGCUCAUCAACCAGAUCGGGAACCGCUGCCACCCCAAGCUCUACGACGAGGGAGACCCCGCGGAGAAGCUGGAGCUCGUCACGGGCACCAAUGUCUACAUCACGCGGGCGCAGCUGAUGAACUGCCAUGUCAGCGCGGGGACGCGGCACAAAGUCCUCCUGCGGCGGCUCCUGGCAUCGUUCUUCGACCGCAACACCCUGGCCAACAGCUGCGGCACGGGCAUCCGCUCAUCCACCAACGACCCCAGCCGGAAGCCGCUGGACAGCCGGGUCCUGCACGCCGUCAAGUUCUACUGCCAGAACUUCGCGCCCAACUUCAAGGAGAGCGAGAUGAACGCCAUCGCCGCCGACAUGUGCACCAACGCCCGGCGCGUCGUGCGCAAGAGCUGGAUCCCGAAGCUGAAGCUGCUGAUGGCCGAGGGCGACUCCUACACCUCCUUCAUCAACGACACCGGCAAGCUGGAACCCGACAUCAUGGGCCCCGAGCCGGCCUUCGACGCCGGUGGGCACGAGGGCGAGGCGGGCGCCCCGGGGGGAGGGCCUGCAGUGACCCCUGCCUCGGCCCCCCCGGGGACCCCCAACCGUGGGGGGACCCCCGCCGGGUAGGGACCCUCUCCAGUAGGGUCCUGUGGCUGGGUGGGGACCCCCACCGGGUAGGGCCUGUGACGGUAUAGGGACCCGUGUGGGUGUAAGGCCCCCCCCCCCACCAGGCGGGCACCCCCUCGGGGCCAGGACCCCCCCCAGGGGCAGGGACCCACCCGGGGAGGGCCCCGUGCCACCGUGGGGCCCCUGGCCAUGGGGUCCGGUCCCCUCCCCAUGGGGUUUGGGGCUUAGUGGGGGUGGCAGAGGCUCAGCUCAGCCUGGCCGCCUGCCCCCCCCCCCCCCCCCCCCGCGGUUUUGGGGGGCUGGGGGGGGGGGGGGCCGGGGCAUCGCUCAGCUCGGUCUUUCCUUCCGUGCCCCCUCCUGCUCAGGCGUGAGUUGACGAGGUCCUGUGUCCCCUCCCUGGGGCCAGUGUCUCUCCUGCCCCCCCCCCCCCCCCCCCCCCCGCUCUGGGUGCCCCAUGUUGCCUCUGGGGCCCCCAUGUCUCCCCAAGGUCCCCUCCCCAGGGCUGACGUUUCUCCAGGCACCCGCGUGGGUCCCCCGUGUCCCCUCCCCGGGGCCACUGUCUCUGCAGGCAACCGCAUGUGUCCCCCCCUGCCCGUGUCCCCUGUGUCCUGUCCUGUCCCGCUCCCCCCCUCACCGGGGACCAGCAUCUCUCUGGGCAACCCCACGCGUUCGCCCCGGUCCCCCCUGUCCCUGCGUCUCCCCAGGCGCCUGCAUGUGUCCCCCAGGUCCCCCGCGACCCCCCCGGGGGCCAGAGUCUCUCCAGGUGACCGUGUGUGUCCCCUCCCAGGUCCCUUGUCCACGUGUCUCUCCGGGUCCCCCCCCUCGUUGUCCUGUUCCCCCCCCCCCCAUCCACUCCCCAGGGGCAGCAUCUCUCUGGGCAUCUGCAUUUGUCCCAGGCGAUGGCACAUGUCCCCUCCUUGUGCUGCCCAGGUCCCC